AUGUUGGUAGCUUCCUCUCCUUUGUUUUCUCCUCAUCAAUGGCCAUUAGAUGAUCCCAUCUCUUUCCAUCACCAACACAACUAUCACUUCUCUCUCUUUGAGCCCUCCGAUCAUUCAUUUCACGUUCAAUUCUCUCCACCGCCAUUGCAGCUACCCCAUGUCGAGCUCGACAACUAUCCAUCCACUGCUACCCCAUUGCUAGAUGGUAGCACCAAGGUCUCAAAUGUGGCCAAGAAACUUAGCCAUAAUGCUAGUGAGCGCGAUCGUCGUAAGAAGAUCAACUCUCUCUACUCGUCUCUCCGCUCCCUUCUUCCCUCCACCUAUCAUAUGAAGAAAUUGAGCAACCCGGCGACGAUCUCGAGGAUAUUGAGCUACAUACCGGAGCUACAGCAGCAGGUGGAGGGGCUGAUGAGGAAGAAAGAAGAGCUCAUGACAGCCAUGGUUGGACAGGAAGUUGAUAGUGACGAGGAGAAAAGGAAGAAAUGUGCAGCUACAAGCUCCUCCUCAAUCAUUUCAGCAAGUCGACUCGGUCGUCGGGAAAUGGCGGUUCAGAUAUGCACCGAUAUCGACGGCGGCCACCGGAAUUCCCUGUCCGACCUUUUGGUUUGCUUGGAGGAAGAUGGUCUUCUUCUUUGGAAUGCUUCUUCUUUUGAGUCAUUUGAUGGAAAGGUUUUCCAUAAUCUGCAUCUACAGAUGGAAAGCAGCUGUAGAAUGGAGCCUGAAAUGGUGAGUAUUAAGAUAUUGGAGAUGUUCCCAUGA